ACAUCAUUGCACGAUUUCUACCGCUGACACGCUAGAAUGGAACGUCGGCCAUACAAUCACCAUGGUAACUUCGACAAAAUUUGGUGGACAAACAAAUCAAUGUUGUGGACAUAAUGUAAUUCGAAAUCUUAGAACUUUGAAAUGAGUUUUUUGCUUCGGAAGUCGAAGAGAAAUCUCGUCCAACAAAUAAAUAUACUUUCCGAUUCUAAUGACCACACGAAAGGCAAAGUUGAAACGGACAGCGACUCCACAGAAUUCAACCUUAACCUGCUUGAGGAUAGAUCCUCUCGAGAUGUUUACUCUUUGACUACAUUACUGGAGAAAACUAACGUUAAGCUGGAAAGUUUGAGAAAGGAAAACGAGAGAUUGGAAAGCAUCAGGAUUGUUUUAGAGGAUAAAGCAACCUAUUUUGAAAAAAUGUGCAACGAAAAGGAAGCAGAGAUUUUAACUCUAAUAGCAGAAAUAGAAAUUCUAAAAGCUCAAAAUAAUGAGUUGAUAUCCCACAGAGAUGAUGGAGCAAGCAAAGCCAGAAAACAACACAUAUCAAAUUUUGAGGGGACAUUAAGUAAGGCCAAUGAAGAUUAUAGAAAAAAGGAAAAGAUAUUGCUGAAUAAAAUUAGUAGGCUUCAAGAAAAAUAUGCUAAAUCCAAACAGGACCAUGCCUUGAAAGUGUUUGCAUUGAAAGAUGAAAACUGUAAAUUAAUGGUGGAAAAUAGUAAAUUGAAAGAAUGCUUUGACCAGGAAAGGGCAGAUGGCAUGAACAGACCAGAGAAAAGUUCUGUUUCCAGUGAUAGAUACCCAGAUGAUACCCCAAACUCCCCUCGAAAUGAACUUAUAUUACAUCUAUCCCAGCAAGUUUCCUCUCUGGAUUGCGAGAAUCGACAACUUAGGCAAGAACUUGAGCAGUUGAAAGGCCCUCUUAAGGAGGGCACUGCUAGAAAUACAUCAAGAACCAACCAUCAACAGCUGCAUGUUUUCAAAUUGGCUGGUUUGGAUGGUUUAAACAGUUCAAAAUCAAGACGGCAAAUGAUUAUAUAAAAUACAGAUAACUAUGUACAAAUACAUGAAAAUUUCCGUAAAGUUAA